GUGAAGGAAAAAAAAGCAAUUUGGGUUUUCUUCGAAAUUGCCAACGAAAUUUUUUAUGGCAUUCCAUCAUGGGUUGGAUUCUCCAGAAGUUUAAAUUUUGUAGGUCCGAUUCCACUUCCGUUUGUUGGAAACAUGCACCUGCUGGCAUAUAAAAUUAUGGUCCAAAAGAAGGAUUUCGCGGAAUCAAUGAGGGAUUUCGUCAAAGAUUACGGUAGUGUGCAUACAUUCUGGUUUGGACCCGUAGCAACGGUACAGAUUUGUGAUUAUCCAAGUGCAGCCGAUGCAAUGAUCAAGAACGGAGCUGCCACUGUGAACAGAGCUUUACCUUUUCUGUUUGAGAGCUCUCGAGUUUUGGACGGAGCAACGGCGCUGUACGAACUGGAUUUCACGUGUGAAGCAUUGGAGAAGCAAAUGGUGGAUGGGCGAGUGUCCCUCGAUCCGAACCACACGUUCGACCUUCUCGUUGGCAAUAUUAUCAAUAGAAUUUUGUUCGCGGAACGUUUCGAAAAGCACGACGAGGAGAGAUUUUUCGCAUUGAAAUCCAAACUGGACAACAUUUUUGACGAAUUCAAAUCGUACGAUGUGCUAAUCAACCAAUGGACAGUCGGUAUUCCACUGUUACGUCGAAGAGCAGAUGAACUUUUGAAACCACAGAAUGAUCUCAUGGAUUUUCUUGCGAAUCAAGUAGAGAGAAGAAAGAGUGAUAUAGCAAGUGGUCUACACUCACUGGAAGGCGAAGGAAAUGAUUUCGUUGACGCUUUCCUCAUACAAAUGGAGAAGAAUAAAAAGCUUGGCAUUGCUAGCAGUUUUGACGAUGAAUCUUUGACACAUACACUGCUUGAUUUAUGGGCAGCUGGUCAGGAAACCACAGCAACAACACUGAAGUGGGCCUUCGCCUAUCUUCUUAUGUAUCCAGAGGUGAAAGCCAAGGUGGAGCAGGAACUCCGAAGUGUUACCCAAUCCAACCGGCCGCUUUCUCUUGCAGAUCGAACAAGCACUCCGUACUUCAAUGCGGUGCUGACCGAGAUCCAUCGAUGUGCAGCGAUCUUUCCUAUGAAUCUUUCAAGAAAAGCAGAGGGAGACAUAUCCGUUGGGAAGUACACAAUACCUACGGAACCUCUAUUAAUGUGCAGCUGUCACUUAUAA